GCAGUGGGGUCUCCCCUCAGUCCCCUCCAGGUUGCUUUAGGUGCCCCUGAUCAAGGAGAGUUCAGCCUUCAGGGAGGAGUGCUAAUUACUGAUGUGUGUCCUGCCCCUCUGAGAGGAGACCUGAAGUGUUCCCUGAACUCCUGUUGAAAGGAACCAAGGCUUAAAGUAUGGAAUGCCCUACAAAAUACAUGGAAUACACAGUUCUGGAGUGAAAAAUUACCAAGGCACAAUAAGUAAUUCAUCCCCUGUUUCCUGAGGCAUGGGAACUGCUCCUCCACCAAAUCCAGCCCUGCACUGGGAUAAUGGACACACUUGGAAUGGAUCAGGACUAGUUAAGGGAGAAGUGAAAAGAUAAGAGUUUAAAAGCCAGUUCUGUCUUAGAAAUCUCUCUCUGGCACACAAGUAUCAGCCAGAAACGGUGUGUGAUUGCUUCCAUCUGAUUUGGAGGGGAAUUGCUUUCCAAAUAGGGGAUGAUUUGAUCCAGAACUGGAGAACCAGCCUGGCAGUCAGCAGCUCCAGGACACCAAAUCUGACCCAGUGCCUCAGAGCUCUGCCAGCUGCAAACAGGCGAUCCCAGGAGCUGGAACACAGCAAAACAAAACUCUAAAAAAUCCAUGAACCAAGUGCAGAAUCCAUCUGAAUUCAGCAAGAUGGGCUGUAACAGGAGAAAUUUUAUUUAUUCCUUGACCUGAACUCAGCUCACACCCACCAAAGUGACAGAAGGUCAUAAAUAACAUUUGGGGUUCCAGCUCUCCCUCCCCCGAUGGCGCGUCGCUCCCAAAGCUCCUCGCAGGGGGACAACCCCCUGGACCCCAACUACCUUCCCCCGCACUACAAGGAGUAUUACCGCCUGGCCCUGGACGUGCUCACCGAGGAGGGCAGGGAGAGCUACCAGCGCUUCCUGGCCGAGGAGGCGGCCCCCGAUUUCCUCUGUGGCUCCGAGGUGGAUCACAUCAUCCAGAACCUGCAGAAGCCGCAGUACGGCAGCCAGGAGGGCAGCACGGACACGGCGGGGGACAAUGACAUGGACGGCUCCUCCGGCACCUACUGGCCCAUGAACUCGGACCUGGCCGUUCCCGAGCUCGACCUGGGCUGGCCGAUGGUCUUCGGCUUCAGGGGCACAGAGGUGACGACGCUGGUGCAGCCACCCCCGCCAGACAACCCCAGCAUCAAGGAGGAGGCUCGCAGGAUGAUCCGAGCAGCUCAGCAGGUGGUGGCAAUUGUGAUGGACAUUUUCACGGAUGUGGAUCUGCUGUUUGAGGUGCUGGACGCUGCUUCUCGCCGAGUGCCUGUCUACAUCCUGCUGGAUGAAAUGAACUCCCAGCUUUUCCUUGACACAGCUGCCAAGUGCAGAGUCAACCUGAACUAUGUGGAGUUCCUGAGGGUGAGGACAGUGUCUGGCCCAACCUACUACUGCCGCACGGGGAUGUCCUUCAAGGGGCACCUGAAGGAGAAGUUCCUGCUGGUGGACUGCAUGGUGGUGCUGAGUGGCAACUACAGUUUCAUGUGGUCGUUUGAGAAGAUUCACAGGAGCAUUGCACACAUCUUCCAGGGGGAGCUGGUGGCCAGCUUUGACGAAGAAUUCCGCAUUUUGUUUGCACAGUCGGAACCUCUUGUUCCCCCAGCCAACCUCCUGGCAAAGCCAGAGAACACGUUCGCCAUGGCUCCCUUUGGCAAUAACAUGCCUUUCUUUCCCAAAAAAGGCCCCCUGAUGUUCCAGAGGGACGAGAGUCUCUUCCCCUCCUUCAUGGACAGAGUGGAUCCAGACAGGUACUUCCUCUCCAACUUCCGCCGGGACGACAUGCUGCGGCACACCGUGGAGGGCUCGGCCAUGCGCAUGUACAAGAAGGUGGAAAUGGAGAACUCCCAGAUGGACCCUGUCAGGGGCUUUCUCCGCUCCAAGCAGCUGGAGCUGGACGCCUUCAAGAGACACAGUUUUGCAGAAGGAACGUUUGAAAAUUUUGCUUCUGCCAAGCAGUACACACGGCAGAUGUUCAUGAACAACAUGGACGAGUUCAAAAUCCAAUCCAGUCACUUCCAGAAGGACCAGUUCUACCAGUACCAGUUUGAACAUCCCCAUCUUUCUGGUAGACCUCAGGGAUUCUUUGAGAGGAUUCGAGGGGGGAGGCCAGGAUUCAAUGAACUGGAAGACUACGUAGAGGGACCCCGAUACCCCGAACUGGAGCCCAGUUUCCAGCAAGAGGGUUUCCCCUUGCGACUGGAUUACGUGCCUUCAAAUUCUUCCCGGGAGGUGAGACAUGGCUCUGACCAGCUGAACCCCGCGGGCAACGGCCCCAUGGGAAUGAUGCUACGGAGGCAGAAUAUAGGACAGAAGUUCAUUUGCCAGACUUCUCCCACGCAGAAGCAGAGCCUGGAGCAGCGCCUGUUCCUACAGGACAAGGAGGAAGACCAGGAUGACGACAAGAACACGCAGGAGAACAGGACAGGGCUACGGAACUGGAGGAUUUCUUCGUACCUCAGCGCGUACCAGUCUGAGCCAGAGGAAGGGCUCCCGAUGCCGAUGGAGUCCGAGGCGUACAACGACGCUCCUGGGGAUCCCCUCACAAAGCACCCCACUGACCUUGUCCCAGCAUUCAAACCCCCCACGCCUUUCCUUAGCAAGCCACUGGGAAUCGACAGUGCCAAGGAAUCUGCAGAUCCUGACAGAGCAGGUGAAGAAACCUCCAUAAUGAAACCAGAUGCCUUCAGGUCCAGAAUAAAUCCCUUGAUCCAGAGGAGCUCCAGGCUCAGGUCCUCUCUGAUUUUCAGUGCUGCCAAAUUAGAUCAGCCCAACACCACAAUAGAGAAGGUGCAGAUGAUCCAAAAAGAGCAAAUGUCCAGUGAGUUAACAAAGGACAAUGAAACCAUCAAGACGGCUGCCUCCUCCAAAGUGGCCGAGCUGCUGGAGAAGUACAAAGCUGUGGGCAAGGACAUGGAACGGGUCACCCACACCAAAGCUGUUUCAGGCUACCUACAGGAGGAAUCCCAGAAUACAGAGAAGAAAUGUACCAAAUCUGUGCAGUAUAAGAUUCUGGAGAGCAGGGUGCUGGACUCCAAAGACUCCUGCAGUACUUACAAAAUGCAUGGAGAGCUGGACAGAGCGUUUGGAGUGGCCUCAUCCACCCCCCAGCUUGGGGACGCCUUGAGUAAAGAUCCCCUGGCACACCUUGGCACCAAGGUGGACAAGCUGUCAUCCCGAUUUUACCCCAUCGAGAACAAACCUCCUCUUCCAGAGAAGGAGAGCCUGAUAUUUGUAGGAGACACUCAGAAAUUGGCUCUUCCAGAGAAGAAGGACAGAGUGACCUUCAGAGAAGACUCUCCAAAAUUAGUCAACACAGAAAUGAAGAAACCACAGGUUAGGACAAGUACUACAUCCUCAGUUCUAGAAAGCCUGUCUAGAAGUCCAGGGUCUGACAGCUCUCUCAACAAAUCUGAGGAAGAGUGUUCAAAACAAGAACAAAAUCCCAUGGAGUUUUUAAGAAAAGGGUCACUACGGCUGAAGCAGUUUUUGAACCCAAAAGGUGAAAAGAAACUGGAGGAGGAACCUGCUUCUGAGAGUGGGAAAUGUGACAAGCAGGCAGUGGUGCUCAAGCGAUCAUCCACAGGAGACUGCCAGGAAGCAAUGGAGGAAGAAAAAUCCCACAAAUUCGCAGCACCGCUGCCCCCCAAGAGCAGCCAGACAACACAAGGGAGGUUCCCCUCCUCCACAGCCAACAUCCUGUACAGCAGCAACCUGCGUGACGACACCAAGGUGAUCCUGGAGCAGAUCUCUGCCAACAGCCAGAAGAACAGGGCCGAGCUGGCCAAGCAGCUGCCCUCCACCAGCAACCCUGACCUCUCCAGGUCCACCACAAGCUUGGAGAGAAAAGGGGAGAAGGAGAAAAGCUGCAACAUCCACAGGUCUGAGAGCUUUGGGAGCCAGAAACGGAACUUCCAGCGGCAGCCGUCCGAGGACAGAGACACCCUCCUGAAGAAAAUGGAGAACAUGCGGAAGGAGAAGCGAGUGUACAGCAGGUUUGAGGUGUUCUGCAAGAAGGACGAGCACACAAGUCCCAGUGAAGAGGAAUAUGACACAGAUGCCAAAGACAAGAAAAUGGGAAAAUUCAUGCCCAAAAUCCUGGGGACCUUCAAGACCAAAAAAUGAUCCUAGAGAUCCUAUUUAAUUCCAUUUAAUCACUGACUGUCACAGGGAAACGAGGAAGAAACUUGUCUAUAAUCCUGAUGGCUAUGAUGGCUACAAUGGCAAUGCUCUUUUUGGUUAGUGAGCAGAAAUAUAUCCAGCAUGAGCCUCCCAUGGCACAGUUUGCUCAAUAAAGUCAGGUGGUAUCAAACAACUUUAACACAAUAUGUUCCAAAUAAAACAAUUAAAAUGACAACAUGCUUAAAAAACAAGUCUCUGUUACUGUACAAAGCUA